AUGAUAAGAUGGAUUGGGUUAAAAGGUCAUUUAAGAAAUUUGAGAUUUACCACUAAUUUUCAACGUAAUGGAUCAAAGGUUCUUUUAAAGAACCAAGGAGCAGGCAUUGCGAUAAAGUGCGUAAAACGACCGACUUUUUUUACGACUAGUAGAACAUUUGACAAUAAUUUGAGCAGUUUUUCACUUUCAUUAGUACCAAAAUAUCAAUGUAGACCUUUUCAUGCAACACAACCAACUAGAGCAAUACCAUUGCCAGCAUUUUUAUUAGCACUUAAAGCAGCGAAGGUGACAAUGACAAUACGUACUCUUAGUAAUUUGUUACUGUCGUUUUUACCUUUUGCAUUACGUAAAAAUCCAAAAACAGGACGGCCAAGACGUUUAUUAAUAUUUUUAACGACGGUUAUACCAUUAACAGGAUUUUGUAUUAUAGCAUUAAUGGGUUUAGAGCAAGCCCCACACACGGGACAAAAAUUUAAAGACAAAUUCUUACCAAAUGAUAGGAUUGAAAGUAUUUUUGUUCAUCAUGUUGCUGAUAAUUUAAUUAAAGGGCUAAAUAACGAUUUAAUGACUUUAAAAUCAUUUAAUAAUUUAAAUGAUAAAGAAAGUAUUGAAGUAGUUUCUAAUAUUAUAGAACAAAAUGUUGUUAACAUGAAAGAUCAAAGUACUGAUACUCGAGAUGAAGAAAAUGAACCUAUACCUUUUGAAAUAUAUAUUAUUGAAGACGAUGAAAAUUUUAAUGCUGUUUCUUUCGGCGCUACAAAAAAAAUUAUUAUAUUCACAGGUUGGCUCAAUAUAAUCGAUUAUAAUGAAGAAUAUCUUGCAGUCACAUUAUCUCAUGAGAUUGCCCAUAUUUUACAGCGCCAUUCAAGCGAAUCACUUGGAUUUAAUCAAAUAUUAUACAUGUUUGCAGAUACUGCUCGAACAUUGUUAUGGCCACUUCUUGCAACAAUUGGACCUUUAUUAAAUGAUUAUGUGAAUAUGUUAGCACAAAAGUUAGUUGAAACAUAUACAUCAGGAAGAUAUAAUCAAAAAGCCGAGAAAGAAGCUGAUAUCGUUGGACUACAUUUGAUGGCACUUUCAGGAUAUCAUCCAAAGAAAGCUAUAGAAUUGUGGAAUCAUUUAUCUUUGAUAACCGGUCAAAAUAUUAAUGUUGCAAAUGAUGUAAUAGUAGAACCAAAAGAAUCACAACAAAUUUUUCACACUCAUCAGGAACGUAAAGAACAACAUUUUGAUCUUUUUCGAAGUUUACAAGAAUUCUUUGCGUCUCAUCCUUUAGAAGGAGUUCGUGCUGAUUAUUUAGUUGAAGUUCUGCCUGAUGCCGAACAAAUUUAUGAAAAAGUUGUUGCUGAAGGUGGAAAAGCUAAACUAUUUAAUUCAUCUAAUGAUAGUAUCAAUGAAUUGAAUAAACCUAUUGAAGCUUUUCAAAAUGGUGAUCAGAUCAUAUCCACAAUUUGGAAUGGUCUAAGAUAUUUAAUAGGGUUAAAUCCGGAAUCAUAA